UCCAUACACCAUCAUCUCCAUAAAGAUAUAUAUAUACAUACACACACACUACUACUUACUCCAUAACAACAUUCCAACUCAUCAUCUUCAUCUUCACACACUAAAAACACACAGUUCUGCAACAACAAUGGCAGCUCCAUUCAUAGAACCACAAUGCACUAUUCAACCUGCUCGCAGGCUCAAAGACUUCCUUCAAGACCAAAACCUCCCGUUCCCGCGCUCUCGCAAAUCCUCCAUCUCCGUCUUCCUCCACGCCGCCGUCAAAUACUCCUCCAUCCGUACCAUCUCCCGCCGUUUCUCCACCAAAAACCGCUCCACAUCACCUCUUCCGGAGCCUACAAUCACCAGAACAACCUCCGUAACCGUUAAGGACAUUCUCCGCUGGAAAUCCUUCCGAGAUCUGUCAGAUCCGGUUGAAUUUCACGCUCCUCCGGUGCCGGAUGUCUCACCGGAGUCUCCUCGUUGUACAACGUCCACCGGUUCGCCGAGGAGUAGUAGUAGUUGUAGCCGUAGCUGGUGCGAUAGUGAUUUCACCGUCGGUGAUUCGCCGGAAUGUUUCCGUACAUUCUCCGGUGAAUCGGAGGUUGUUGAUAAGAAGAAUUUUCACGUUAAUGUCGCCAGUGAAAGGAAGAACAGAGAUUUGAAGGAUCAAAUUGUGCUUGUGGAAAAUGAGGAACAACAAUUCAGUCCGAUUUCAGUGCUUGAUUUUGCACAGGAACAUGACGAAAUGUUCUCACAGUUUCAUCAAACCCUAGCUGAUAUGGAGAGAAGGAACACAAUGCUGAAGCAACAGAUCCAUAACUUUGAGAAUCUCAUUGAUGAUGUGAACAAACGUGUCGUAGUAGACGUAUUAGACGAUACUGAUUCGUUUGUUAUCGAAGAAAAGGCGAUUAGGUUAAUGGAACAUGUGAAAACAACAAGUUCUAUUGGAGAGUGGGACUUAAGUUUGGAUUGUUUGUUAUUAGAUUACUUUAGGGAUGAAUUGGUUACAAGUAAGCGAGUGAAGAACAAUGAGGAGUUAGAAUCUAGGGUUUUGAAUGUUGCGAAAAGUUGGGUGAAUGGGGAAGAUGACGGAUCGUUGGCGUGGGAGAUGGAAGGUAGAAGAGAAGUGUGCAUUAGAGAAAUGGACAAAGAAUUGAAUUGGAAAUGUUUUGAUGAUGAUCAAAAUGAGAUUGUGAUUGAGAUAGAGAAGAUCAUGCUUAAUCAAUUGUUAGACGAGUUAUCGAUUGAUCUUGUUAACGUUUAGAACAUACACAUAAGAUGAUAGGUUGGGUAUGAUUAGCGGAUGAGCAACCUCGUAUAUAGUGUUGUGGACCUCGGUAAUUUCUACGCGGAGAUAGAAUAGUGUAAAUUACAACGAGUUUUCGAAGUUUUUUUUUUACGACUUGAUGUAUGUUUAAUGAAUAAUGAUGUUCCAAUUCUUUUAUUAAAAUGGGAACCGAGAAAUAAGUACAA